AUGUCCCCUUCAACACAGAUGAGUUCAGAGAUUUUUCUCACUCCAGAAAAUUUUCAGGGUCAAAUAGUGAUGGACAAUAUUUUGAGACAGAUGUCAUAUGAUGGGAAAUUUGAUUCUCCACAUCUGGAUCAGUCAGGAUUUUCCCCAUCAGUUCAGUCCCACAGUCAUUCCUAUUACCAAUCCUCAAAGUCCCAGUGGCUUCAAGAUAUACCAGCAUCCCAGCAUAAAGUCAGACUGAGUUCUCAUCCAUACAUAGCAGAUAGACAUUAUAGUCAUGAGCAGCAGUACCCUGAUUGCAAGCAGUGUUAUGGUGAUCACAGCUCCAACCAUCAUUACAGAGGAAGCAGAUAUGAUUUCUUUCAUUAA